AUAACCAUGACAACCAGAAAUGAUCCCCGGAGAGAAGUGGGUAGUUGGGUCGAAACUAAGGCCACUGCUGUCACCUGCGAAGCCGAAUGUCGUCGUAGAUAUGGUGCCUUGUGGAAUUCAAAAAUGGUGCAAGGAGUGAUUUCAGAAGUGCUGGUGACUCCAGGCUUUCGAACCAAUCGGUCGACAACCAACAUAAAGGCACAAUAUUAUCUCGGGGGAGGAACUUUCAGGGUGAAAACAUUGAAUAUUCGAAGAGUGAAAUUAUUUGCGCCUUCUGCGCUUAAUAUCACCAAUCGCAAUUGUGAAAUAUCAAACCUUGACCAAGCAUCGUUAUCUUUGCUUCCGCGAGAGGAAGCACACUCUGAUUAUCCCAAGGAGACACAAACUCCCAUUCCGUACACUCCUAUACCCCCCAUACCUAUGGAUAUCCAUCCAGGAUUAGCUCAAGUGACGGGUAACAACAAUGGAGAUGAAAAUACUGGGUUGGACUCUGAAGAUCAACCCACGGACCGAGAUGUAGCGCCCGAUGCGGAUGCCCACGGAACAUUCUGGUAUAACGACAGCAAUGCAACUAAAUGUCAAAUGAAUGGAGAGGUCUCCUUCCGGCCGUGGGGUGUUAAAAAUACUGUUGGUGAAAUUUUUGGUCAAGGUACUGAUUCACGAAGAUCCGUUUCUUGUCUGGAUUACUUUCUAAUGAUGUUUCCAACUACAACCCUCAAUACAAUGUCAGAUGAGACAAGUAAAGUUCUUUCUUCUAUGGGUCAAAAAGAAAUAUCAAAUGGAGAGAUGUUAAAGUUCUUUGGUGUAUUAAUCCUUGCCACACGCUUCGAGUUUUCGGCAAGGGCAAGCCUUUGGUCGACAAGGAGCACCUCAAAGUAUGUGCCGGCUCCAGCUUUUGGUAGGACUGGGAUGUCUCGGGAAAGAUUUGACAAAGUGUGGCAGUGCCUUCGCUGGACCAAACGAGCUGAUCAUUUGUCUGCUGAAAUGGGGAAUGAAAGCGUUCGGUGGACUAUGGUAGAUGGCUUUGUUCAGCAAUUUAAUGCUCACCGUGAAAAUCGGUUCAGACCAUCUGAUCUACUUUGCGUCGACGAAUCAAUAUCACGGUGGUAUGGACAGGGUGGCCAUUGGAUAAAUCAUGGACUCCCCAUGUAUGUUGCAAUUGAUAGAAAGCCGGAGAACGGGUGUGAGAUUCAUAACACUGCUUGCGGUCGCAGCAGCAUCAUGCUUCGGCUAAGGUUGGUAAAGACAGCAGCAGAAGAAGCACUUAAUGGAGAGCGUCACAGAGAAACUCUUCAUGGUACAAUGAUUCUCAAGUAUCUUGUACAGCCAUGGACAAUGUCUGACCGCAUUUGGUUGCAGCAGAGGAAUUGA